AGGCAAAAGAGAAAAAAAAAAAAGAAAGAGAUUUAGAGUGAGAAGGGGAGAAGAUUUGUGCAAGGAUUCAAAGGCUUGGAGUUAUUAAGAAUAAAGAUUUGAUUUUUAAAGCAAGACCAAGCUACAAAAAGUUAAGAAUGAGGAUGAUGACCCGAGCCUACAAUCGAGGCAGAGAAAAGGAAAGGAGCCUGCACAUGGCGGGAGCAAUUUCCAAGGAUGCACCUGAACCUCGUAGCUAGCUAUUAUAUUUAAAUAAAUACUGUAUAACUUUUAAGUACUAUGAAGUCCUGCGUGACUAGACUUUUGGGAUAUGUACGUUGUGGAGAUGAUCCAAGGACUUGUGGAUUGGUACCCACUGAACUUAUAUUAUGGCUCUAUAUUAUAUUAACGUAUGUUUGCAGGUUGCGAAGCUUGGUACCGUAACGUCCUAAAUUCACGAAAGGGUGAGUUUGGGGUCGUUACAGAGUUGGUAUCAGAGCUGUAGUUAUUAUUACUAGGAACGAGAAACCUAGGAAUAUAACUACGUGGGAUUAGAAGCGUAUGAUAGUAGAAAAAGCGCUUAGUCUAUACAUAUAUACGUAUAUACGACUAAGCUAGGGGACUAGCAACCGAUAACCCCUAUAAACUGAGACUUAGAAUAUAUUUAUAUUUACACUUAAAAACUUUGGAACUUAUAUAGUAACUUAUAGAUUUUGCUUAUGUUGUAUAGAUGUCUGACUACCGAUCUGCCCGAGACCGAUCUCCUACACCUUUCCCUAGGGAGGUCGUGGACUCUAGUUCAGACACUGAUCCGACUGAGGAGUAUAUGGAGAGCGAGGACUCGUCCAUUCAGGUUCUUCCACCACCGCCUAGAUCACCACCAGUUGUGAUCGAUUUGACCGCUCCAUCUCCACUUAGGGCUGAGACUGUGGAUCCGGUUGAUACUACAUUGGGCAUAGAGGAGCCUGUGACUUCAGUGUAUGCUGCCCUUCCUGAUCUUACCCAGGUGCCCACACUUUCGGCACCUUUGACUACUUCUGUGCCGGUACUUACUACUGAGAGUCAGGAUGAUCAUGUUAUGGCUGAGUUGGAUAGGCACUUCCACCCCACACUUCCGGAGAUUACUGCUAUGAUCACGGGUGUACCAGAUGCCACUUUGCCGGCUUACGAGACCCUGACCCCUGCUGAGAUUGGUGCUACCAUUGAGCGGGUGCCACCACCUAUCCCCACCACCACUGAUCAGAUACCACCUAUUCAUGUUACUGCUGAGCUAGAGUUGCAUGUACCUCUUACCAUUAUUUCACCUAUGCUGGGAUCUUCCGGACCUGAGGCUCCGGUAUGUGAUACUGCUCCACCUACUCCUACCAUACCAGUAUCUGCUGUUACCACUGGAUUGGGAGGGUUAUUUGCACCCUUCCCUGUGACUGCUACGGGACAGAUGGAGGACACUAUUGCCACUGUACCCGCAUUUCUGUUCGAGGAGCUGAGGUUGUCUUAUGAUGAGUUGUAUGCUAGAUACCACGAGGUUUUUAUUACUCGAGAUGCACUGUUGAGGAUGAUUGCGACUUCGAGGCCCGCUGCUCCUGUUGUUGAGGAUGGUCUAGUUAGGAGGAGCGAGGUUAUUGAUGUGAUGCACCAGACUGCUACUUCAGUGAUCACCGGACUACAGAGUGCUAUUGCUGAGUUACCUUCCAGUAGUGCCGGAGCUGUUGAUCAGGGAGCUGUUGCUGCUUUAGUUGAGCUGACCAGAUGUGAGUUUCUGAGCCGGGUGGAUGAGAUGUUUCGUCCACAUUGACAGACGACAGAUGAUACUUUUGCUUUUGAGGGAUGGCAUAUAUAGACGACUGCGCAUCUCUAUCAUUCAGGGAGUAUAUAUAUGACUACAUAUGGACUGACGCUUAUAUAUUGGGAGAUGACUACACGAUGACUGAUGGGAUCGCAUAUUUUGCCUCUUUUGUUGCGAUCUCGAGUUUAUUUGACUCUAGAUAGGUUGAUGACUCUAGAUAUGGAUGUAGUAGGAUGAUGAUGACUAUGUACCUAUUUGAUGAUACUUUGACUUAUUUUGGGAUGUAUUGCUACAGCACAUUAUCAUGAUGA